GCCUUUGACUCUGAAGGCUUUACAACUUUCUUCAAUUAGGGAAUAGCGCAGAUGGAUCAAUCGAAACAUCCCUACACCGUCUUCCGUUUUCUAUUCAUUUCUUUUUACCAAUUAUAGACGGUGGUGCGACCUUCGAUGCCAAUCACCACUCAUCGUCGCUGCCUUCUCCGCCGUUUGCUUCAACAAGGCGCUCCACCGGCUAUUACCCUAUUUUUCAUCUGCCUUCAUUGUUAAACUCCUUUCUGUUUUAACCCACUUCACCUACAUCCACCGUCUGCCCACCUCGAUUGGUUGUCGUCGGCCACAAUCAAAGUCGUCAAAUCCUACACGCGACCCAAGCAGUUGUCGGCCUCCAUUUGCGGUCAUCAUAGGUGUUUCCCCCCUCUUCUUCACCACAUAUCACCACUUCAUCAACCAUCUUCAUCAUCGAACCCUAGACGUAGCACCAACUAGAUAAAGAUGAAAACUGGUGAGGAUGAACAUGAGUGCAGCGUUUGUCAUGAUUUUAUCCUCUUCUGUACAGUUUUUGCCCUGUUUUUUUCUCAUGUCAGUCAUGUUCCCCGACGUCCUUUUUCUUCCAUCAUCUGACCGUAAGAAGAUCAUUCACUGUGCUGUGAUAUCAGGUAGGUUUGGGGCUUCAACUCUGACAAUCGAAAAGGGCUGUCGUGUCAGAAACUUGAUCGAUCUUCUUAACCAGCACCAUUGGUGGAACUAUGCUCAGACCUUACCCUUGGCUUUACUUGAGGUUUACUUAUGUUUGGAAGACAUCAAUAACACAAAGUUGUGCCAAAAAGGAUUCUUGAUUUGAUGAUAUUUGGGUGGAAUUACUAGGGAAAAUGUAUCAACUCGCCUCCAGAUAUCUGUUUGCCGACAUGGUCAUUCAUUGCAGUUAUAGUAGCUCCACAAUUUCGCAGGCAACAGUUGGCUAAGAAACGAAUGAACCUGCUAGAAGAUAAUAAAGAUUCAGGAUGAAGGAUGAUCGCGACACGGUGACACGUGUGGUUGGUGGUGACAUGUGGUAGUUGGUCGUGACAAUGGUGGUGGGAGAGUUUAGGUUUGACUUUUUAAAUAUGUAAAUUAGUGUAUAAUGGCUUGUAAUAUGUUAUGUUGUGAAUUUUAUGUAUUAAAAUAAAUGUUGUGUU